AUGGGUUUUCUCCGAUUACUCAGGUGCUGUUGUUGCCAUGGCGAUUCCGGUGAUGAAUAUGAUGUGUUUCAGAACGGUGGCUUUGAGAUGGAAGGAGGAGGGUGCGAUGCCGAUGAAGAAGAUAACAUGCUUCGGAACGGUGGCUUUGAGAUGCAAGGAGGAGGGUGCGAUGCCGAUGAAGAAGAUAACAUGCUUCCGAACGGUGGCUUUGAGACGGAAGAAGGAGGGUGCGAUGUCGAUGAAGAAGAUAACAUGCUUCGGAACGGUGGUUUUGAGAUGGAAGAAGGAGGGUGCGAUGUCGAUGAAGAAGAUAACAUGCUUCGGAACGGUGGUUUUGAGAUGGAAGAAGGAGGGUGCGAUGUCGAUGAAGAAGAUAACAUGCUUCGGAACGGUGGUUUUGAGAUGGAAGAAGGAGGGUGCGAUGUCGAUGAAGAAGAUAACAUGCUUCGGAACGGUGGUUUUGAGAUGGAAGAAGGAGGGUGCGAUGCCGAUGAAGAAGAUAACAUGCUUCGGAACGGUGGUUUUGAGAUGGAAGAAGGAAGGUGCGAUGUCGAUGAAGAAGAUAACAUGCUUCGGAACGGUGGCUCUGAGAUCGUCGAAGACGAAGACUACGGAGACGAAGAAGACGACGAGGACGACUACGACGGCUUUUUUCCGGCAGAGAUUGCAGAGCUGCCAAUUUACGUGCAUGACGGCGGCGAUGCUGUUCCAACCGCUGUGGCCUCCUCUGUGUGCUGCAUAUGCAUGGAAGGAUUCCAAAAUGGCGACCGAUAUCGACUUCUUCCGGCGUGCAGUCAUGCCUUUCACGUUGACUGCAUCGAUCAAUGGCUGGUGCGCGCGACUACUUGUCCGAUGUGCCGAUCUGAGGUGGACCCGCUUGCGAGCGACCAAUAUUUGAUGUAA